AUGUUCCCUGAGACUGAGGGAUUCCUUGUAGCUAUACAGGACCAGGUCAUCCCUACCAACAAUUACAAGAGAACUGGCAACAGACUGGAUAAAUGCAGGUACGGCUGUCAGGACUCCGAAACAAUACAGCACGUAACUGGUGGAUGCCAAGCAUUCGCUCCAACGGACUAUAAGGAGCGCCACGACAUAGCUGCCAAAAUCAUUCACCAGGAGUUGGCAUACAAAUUCAAACUGAUCGAAUGCAAGCUACAGUACUACAAAUAUACACCGCAAUGUGUCCUCGAGAACGACAAGUAUAAACUAUACUGGGAUCGCACUGUGCUUACGGACCAAUACAUAAAACAAAACAGACCUGACAUAAUCAUUGUCGACAAGGGCGCCCAGAAAGUAACUCUGACUGAUGUGGCCAUACCUAAUAGUAACAAUUUAACAUACAAGCAUAAUGAGAAAGUUGCAAAAUACAGGGAGCUAGAAUUUCAAAUUAAACGCCAGUGGAAAAUGAAGUACGUGGAAACAAUACCAAUAAUAAUGUCAUCUACAGGGGUGAUACCAAGAAGGCUGCUAGAAAACAUCAAAGCGCUGGAACUGAGUGAAAACAUUUACAAAAUCAUACAGAAAGGAGUUUUGCUGGCAACUGCCCGCGCAUAG